AUGACUUUUUUUGCAGAUUCUUACCAUUUUGGAAAGAUAUUGAGAACACUUAAUGGUAAGAUAAAGAAACUUCAAAAUGCAGAGUUGAGAGAAACAGAGCAAGCAUCUGCAUUAAAUGCUGAGGAAAUUAUGCAAAUUCUUGAACGCAAAACAAUGCAACUUAAUACAAAUAAAG